AUGCCACAUCGACAACCAUCGAGUCUCCUACCCUUUCCCUCUUCUCCUACACCCCCCAACCACAUGGAUCAAAUGCAGGACAUGGAGGACUCAUUCAUUUUAGCUGCUGACACGUUUCUGUUGGAACGAUGGCAGGAAGAUUCCCUUCUCUCUCCUGAGGCCCAGCGGGAGCAAAUUUUUACCGAAUUUGUAGCCUCGGCGUCAACGGUCAGCAGGAGCGAGGGCUACUGGAUCGCGUACGCCGGCCGGCAGCGGAACGGUAGCAGGAAUGAGGACCAGUUUUCGGGUGAGGUAGUCUCCCUGAUUGAUCCCACAUUACAUGACUUCGGGGCUGACUGGCACAAAGACUUCCUUGGCAUCCCACAGCUCCUGGAGUUUGGAGGCUCUGCCAACGGUUACAACAAGCGCCUGCAGAAGGCGCUGCAGGAAGUGCUGAGACGAAGAAGAGGAGGACGCCAAGGAGGAUGA